GCAUGCUUUCUAGGCGUUAGUGUGGGCAGUGCGCAUGCGCGGAGCUGCAUGGGCAGUGACAGAGAGACUUCCUUCCUUUACGCCCAUCUCAGUUAUAACACCUUCUACACAUCCUGAUCAUGGCUGCCGCAGAUGUGGACGUGUUUUCCGAUGAACAGAAGCGGAGUCUCAGUCUUGGAGGACAUGUCGGCUUCGACAGUUUACCUGAUCAGCUGGUCAGCAAAUCUGUGUCUCAGGGUUUCUGCUUCAACAUCCUGUGUGUGGGGGAGACGGGCAUCGGCAAGUCCACGCUGAUGAACACGCUCUUCAACACCAUGUUUGAGGACGAAGAGGCCAGUCACUACCAGAACGGCGUCUACCUGCGGCCCAGAACAUACGACCUGCAGGAGAGCAACGUUCACCUCAAACUCACCAUCGUAGAUACGGUCGGCUUCGGGGACCAGAUCAAUAAAGAGGAGAGUUACAAACCCAUUGUUGAUUACAUCGACACACAGUUUGAAACUUACCUGCAGGAAGAGCUGAAGAUCAAGCGCUCAAUUUUUAACUACCAUGACACCAGAAUCCACAUCUGUCUCUACUUCAUCGCUCCCACAGGCCACUCGCUCAAGUCUCUGGAUUUAGUCACAAUGAAGAAGCUGGACAGUAAGGUCAACAUCAUUCCCAUCAUCGCCAAAGCUGACACGAUUUCCAAGAGCGAACUUCACAAGUUCAAGAUUAAGAUCAUGAGUGAGUUGGUGAGCAACGGGGUUCAGAUCUACCAGUUCCCAACAGACGAUGAAGCCGUGGCAGAGAUCAACUCCUCCAUGAAUGCUCAUCUACCCUUUGCUGUAGUGGGCAGUGUUGAGGAGGUGAAAGUCGGGAAUAAGACGGUCCGAGCCAGACAGUACCCCUGGGGCAUCGUCCAAGUGGAGAAUGAGAGUCACUGUGACUUUGUGAAGCUGAGGGAGAUGCUGAUCCGUGUGAAUAUGGAGGAUCUGAGGGAGCAGACACACAGCCGUCACUAUGAACUUUACAGACGCUGUAAACUGGAGGAAAUGGGCUUCAAAGACACCGAUCCUGACAGCCAGCCGUUCAGUCUACAGGAGACCUAUGAGGCUAAGAGGAAAGAGUUCCUCAGUGAUCUGCAGCAUAAAGAGGAGGAGAUGAGGCAGAUAUUUGUUAAUAAAGUGAAGGAGACGGAGUCUGAGCUUAAGGAGAAGGAGCGAGAGCUCCAUGACAAGUUUGAGCAGCUGAAGCGCAUGCACCAGGAGGAGAAGAGGAAGGUGGAGGAGAAGAAGAGGGACCUGGAGGAGGAGAUGAAUGCCUUCAACAGGAGGAAGGUGGCGGCUGAGACGCUGUCACUCUCACAGCCGCUAAAGAAGGACAAGGACAAGAAGAAUUAAUUUAUGAGCACGACAUCAGGCUGAACCUGGACUUGUCCUCCAUCGCCAUAGCAACAUCGCCAUUUUAAUUUUUCCUGCCAUUUCCUCAUUGACCUUUUUGUAAACGGACCAAAGACCCUUCCAGGGACAUCAGACAGUCCAUCAGACGUGCGGUCUGAUUGUAAGGACCCACUUUCCUAUUGUGGUGCCAUUUUUUUUUUAACUUUUGACUGUUGGACCAUUUACAUUUUGUUCUCUUAUAUUUUUUAUAUUAUAUUCCUGUAUUUUCCGCCAUCAUUAUUGUUAUUAUUGCUGUUCUAGCAGUGAAAUGAUGGGAUCUUGAUGGAGUUAAUGGAGUGUGUUUGUUUCUCUGUCUUUAAAUGUUUUUUAUAGCUGAACGCAGGUCGUGUGUGAGUCAGAUCAGUGUUGGGUUUAAGAUCUGAGCCAAAAUCCUACAGCAAUAAGAACCAGAACAAAACUGUUCCACAUUUAUUUAGCUAAAUGUUCUCUAGAAGGGUCACAGCCUCUAUUGUCUGUUUUAGUAGCUUGGAGAUAAUGUAUGCACAUUUCUGUCUGGUGUUCAGCUUAGUGUGUUUAAGCUCUGCAGAUGAUGAUGAUGAUGAUGAUGAUACUCAAGCCAUAAAGCUGAGGGAGAGGAGCUGUGGGACAUCUAAACCACAUCAGGCACAUGUUUUUUUUAAGCUUACUGUAUUCUCAGAGGAUUCAAAUAAAUAUAAACCCUUAUUAAUGUGC